AUGUCCGCCAAAGCUGAAAAGAAACCUGCCUCCAAAGCCCCAGCUGCUGCUAAGAAGACCCCAACUGCUGGUUCAGAUGGUAAGAAGAGAACUAAGGCUAGAAAGGAAACUUACUCUUCCUACAUUUACAAAGUUUUAAAGCAAACUCACCCAGACACCGGUAUUUCUCAAAAAUCUAUGUCUAUUCUAAACUCUUUUGUUAACGAUAUUUUCGAAAGAAUUGCCACGGAAGCCUCUAAGUUAGCUGCUUACAACAAGAAGUCUACUAUCUCUGCUAGAGAAAUUCAAACUGCUGUCAGAUUAAUCUUACCAGGUGAAUUAGCCAAGCAUGCUGUCUCUGAAGGUACUAGAGCUGUCACCAAAUAUUCUUCUUCUACUCAAGCUUAA